AUGAGGGUUCUUUCGCUACUUGCAUGUUUCUCUUUUUGCGUCGUGGCUUCUUCACCGAGCGAACCUGAAGAGGAGCCAUGGAAGAAAUACAUUUACAGUCCGAGCAACCGAACUGUCAGUCCAGUCUCGAUCCAUGCAAUCUCAGGAGAUGCGAUUGUCACAUCAGAUCCAACUGGAUUUGUACUGUCCUUGAACACUGGGGCUCAAGUCAGCCUCGAUUACGGGAUCGAAGUGGGCGGAAUUGUGAGCUUCGACACAGGAACCGAAGAUGAAGCAGGCGCCCAGCUAUCCCUUGCCUUUGCAGAAUCCCCGAUGUACGUCAGAGCGACAUCGGACGAUGCCACCGGGUCUGUCUCAACGCAAGAUUGGGAUAGAGAGCUGAACGUCAGCGUACAGACGGGGACAACACACUACACGAUGCCACGGGAAAGGUUUCGGGGAGGAUUCCGGUUCAUGACUAUCGUGGCUAAGUCUCGCGUGAACAUCUCAAACAUCACCUGCGCCAUAGGCUUUUCGCCAUCACAAGCCGACUUGCGGGACUACUCGGGAUACUUCUGGGCGCCGGACGACGAGCUGCUCACCAAGAUCUGGUAUGCAGGAGCCUACACGGUGCAGACCAACAUAGGGCCGGUAGAUACGGGCCGCUUCCUGCCCCAGGUCAAGCCCGGCUGGGCGUACAACUCCACCGCAGGAGUGGCCGGCCCCAUCCUCAUGGACGGAGCCAAAAGGGACCGCGCGGUGUGGCCAGGGGACCACGCCAUAUCCGGCACCACGGCCUUCCUCGCCCUGGGCGACGCCGGCCUCGAAGCGUUCCGCAACGCCCUCGAAACCAUGUUCUACUACCAGAACAGCACGACAGGACGCUUCCCCUACGCCGGGCCCUCGACCCGCUCCUUCAACGGCGGCAACGCGAGCGACACGUACCACGCAUGGAACCUCAUCUCCAUCUUCAACUACGCCAUCUACACAACCGACGAAGCAUGGGUGUCCCACCACUGGUCCAACAUCACCGCCGGCGUCGACUACAUCCUCGCCGGCCUCGCCGCCAGCCCCAUCGGCCUGCACAACCAAUCCACGCCGUACGACUGGGGCCGCCAGGGCGCCGGCGGGUACAGCGCCACGCUCAACGCCCUCGACCACCUCGCCCUCACCUCCCUCUCCUCGCUCGCCUCCGCCCUCCACCACCCCGCCCAGUCGCGCGCCUGGUCCGCCGCCGCCGCCGCCCUCAAAUCUGCAUACAACACCCACCUCUGGGACCCCGCCGCCUCGCUCUACCGCGACAACACCACCACUACGGAACUACACCCACAAGACGGCAACGCCCUCGCGCUCCUAUCCCGCCUGCCCCGCUCCCCCGCCCACGCCUCCGCCCUCAGCGCCGCCCUCGCCGCCCGCUGGGCCGACCCCUCCACCCACCCCUUCGGCCCCGUAGCCCCCGAACUCCCCGACACCGUCUCCCCGUUCGUCUGCUCCGUCGAGGCCCUCGCCCACCUGUCCGUGUCCGCCCCUCCACCCACCACAAACCUCACAACAACCCUCUCCGGCCCCACCGCCGGCCUCGCCCUCAUCCACCGCCUCUGGCACCACCUCCUCACGUCUCCGACCAUGACCGGCAGCACCUUCGCCGAGGGCAUCAGCGCAAACGGCAGCCUGCACUACCGCGGCGGGAGCGGGUACAAUUUCGACCCGGCCUACACGAGCAUGGCGCACGGGUGGGCGACGGGGCCGACGGGGGCGCUGACGGCGCGGGUGGCGGGGUUGGAGGUCGUGGGGUGGCGGGGGUGGAGGUGGGGGGUGGCGAGGGAGGUGGUGGGGUUUGGGGUGCUUGGGGAGGGGGGCGGGGUGAGGGAGGUGAGGGCGGGGUUUGGGAAGGGGGUUGGUGGUGGGAAUGGGAAUGGGAGGGGGGAGGGGUGGGGGGUUUGGUGGAGGGUUGUUGAUGAUGUGGGGGAGGGAGAAGGACGGGGGGUGGUGGUGGAGGCGGAGGUGAUGACGCCGGGGGGGACGGAGGGGGUGGUGGAGCUGGGGGAGUGGUGUGAGCGGGUGACGGUGGAUGGGGUGGCGUAUGAGGGGGGGAUGGUGGCGGGAGGGGGGACGAGGGAGGUGAGGGGGGUGGGGUGUCGGUUGUAG